CAGAUUUACUCCCGUAGAAAGAAUUUUUUUAUACAAAACGUUUUUUUAUCCAACCAUUCGAAAUGGAUCGAUCGAAUAUGCUUACAGCCAGCAAGGUGAAACAGCACGGUUUGACCUCUGAAAAAUGGACGACCAAAGACAAAAUCGUCCAAUACAAAGGGCUAAUAAAUCUUUACACUCGAGACAAGAAGAUCAUGGAGAUGAACAUCGCCCUCCAGAAGAAGAAGCAGGCGCAGGAAAUGAAAACGCUGCAAACGGAAAUCAACCUCGACAGGAAGAAGCUGGACAACGCUUGCGCCGGCGACAAUCAGAAGUUGAGGAACGCCUUAUCGAAUCACAGGACUCUCCAAUUGGCCUACUGCAAUUCUACGCCUACGAGAGUCAUCGACCUGAUCCACCAGGUCAGCUUUACCAAGAGGAAAAAGCGGGAUAUACUCCGAUACAGGCAAAAAGUAGAAUCAGACAAGCUGAUUGAUUUGAAGUUGAAUUGCGCUGUUUACGAAGAUAGGCUGAAAUACGAAGGGGAUAAAAUUAUGCUGCCUAGCGAGAAGGAAGCUCACCUUAUCACCGGGAGGAUACAGGACGCGAUAUUGAAAAAAGAAGCCGCGAUUUACAUCAGAAAUUCGUACAAGGAAAUGAUCGCAAUCAUGAAAAAAGACGCCAUUUACUUCGAUGCUAUUUUGGCCUCGCUCAAAAACGACGGGAUAGCGCAAGGGCGAUGCAUUAUAAACGCUACUCUAUUGGGCCACGUGGGUAUGGAAUACUUGAAUACAACGAAGCAGGAAUACCACGUCUUGGAGCGAGUGGUUAAGAUGGAUCUGGCCAGCAGGAAGAAGGACAUCGCGUCCGUUCAACAGAACGUCGAAGCUUUCACUGACAACUUGAAAAAUCUAAUUAGAUCCGAUAGCGACAUUAACUUGGGAAAAAUUUCGAUCAAAGAGAGCCCAAGUUUCCACUUACUGCAAAAGGAGAUUGAGACCAUCGAGUCUACGCUGCGAUUUUUGAAGGAUACUUUCUUCCUUAACUCGUUUGAUCAGAUAUUCCCUUGUCUAAAAGAGCAAAUGAGGCAGAGGAAAAGGCUGGACCAACUAGUCCACAAAUGCGAGGCCAACAGAGACGAUUUAAUGGAGAAAAGCGAAAAAGCCGCCGUUUUGUGCGCUACUUUACAAAACACAAUGGUCGAAACAACGAAGAUGUACAAUUCCGAUAAAACGGUCUUGAAAGCGGACAUCAAAUUCGAAAUCCAACGAACCAACGAAUACGAAGCCACCAUCAAAGCGAGAUACAAUCUCCUGGCCAAAAUUAGAAUAGCGUUAAGGCACUUGCAGUACCUGGCUAGGCUGCUAUCCACCGAAACCGAGAGUACCAUCAAACUGCGAAAAAUGCCAUCGCUCAGUUCUGCUUUGGUAAUACCAGAGGAGGACGAGGUUGAGCGCCCCACAAGGCAAAAACAAAAUGACUUUACAACAACGGAAAACAACAGAGGAUCCCAGGGACAUCGGACCAUGUUCUCCCAGAGUUUCCUCAUUGGGCUGAGCUCCACAGGCGAAUCUUUGGAGUCCCUGUUAUGA